AUGAAGAAGAAGAUUGCAUGUGAGAACGCUUGCCAAAGAUCGCAACUUAGAAUGGGUCAGUGCGAUGAGGAGGAAGGUGCGCAGGCAGGGCCUAUUACCUGUGGGAAGCCUAUAAUGCAAUCCACUGUUCCUUCUCUCUGUAAUAUUCAUUUUCAAAAGGCUCAGAAACAUGUCACACGGGCCUUGAAGAAGGCAGGUCUUAAUGUCUCAUCAAAUAAGCUUGCUCCUAAAUUCCAUGCCAUAGUGGCAGAAUAUGUGCGUGAAAUUCAAGGAAAAAGAAGAGCUGAAUUGACGGCACACAGGAACAAGAUUGUGGCUAAGCAUGCACGUGGCAGCUGA